AUGUCGUUGAACCUGUACACGCCUGCAAACGGUCUCCACCGUACUCAUGUCACUUGGGAAGACAUUGAGGAGGACAUGCAACGAGAACUUGACACAGUCGCCUCUUUCGGUCCCAACAAGACUGCUAAGGACAUCGGAGACGGAAAUGUGAGUAGCAAUGAGCGCAUGCCUAUGAGGUGCAACCAGCUGCAUAUGGCAAUCGUUCCGGAAAGGCAACUUUUAGGAGCAGAGCUUUAUUUCAUGAAAUCUUUCUCUGUGGCAUGA